AUGACGGAGAUGGUGGUGGCGGCUCGGGCGCCGGCCCCGGCGGCGGGGAGGUGGGGCGCGGCGCCGCCGCAGGAGCUGCUGGAGAGGCUCAAGGACUACGGCCAGGAGGGCGCCUUCGCCUUCUGGGAUGAGCUCGCGCCCGAGGAGCGCGACCACCUCAUCCGGGACAUUGAGAGCCUAGAUCUUCCGAGGAUUGAUCGGAUCAUUCGAUGCUCACUUAGAUCACAAGGUGCUCCUGUACCGACCUUUGAGCCUGUGCCAGAGUCAAGUGUCUCGACGGUGGGCGACAGAACUCCUGAGGACAAAGAAAGGUGGUGGAGGAGAGGCUUGAGAGCCAUUUCAGAGGGAAGUUGGCCGUUGUUUUGUUGGCUGGUGGCCAGGGGACUAGGCUUGGCAGUUCUGACCCUAAGGGAUGUUUCAGUAUCGGGCUUCCAUCUAGGAAGUCACUUUUCCAACUACAAGCUGAACGGAUUUUGUGUAUUCAGAAGCUGGCUGCUCAAUGCACUGACGCCCCAGGUGACAUUUUUCCAGCAGGGUACUAUUCCAUGUGUAUCUCAUGAUGGAAGAUUUAUUAUGGAGACACCAUAUAAGGUAGCAAAGGCUCCCGAUGGCAAUGGCGGAGUAUAUGCUGCUCUAAAAUCUAAAAGGUUGCUCGAUGAUAUGGCUGCAAAAGGUGUUAAGUAUGUAGAUUGCUAUGGAGUUGAUAAUGUAUUGGUCCGUGUUGCAGAUCCAACAUUCCUAGGAUACUUCAUUGACAGAGGUGCAUCUGCUGCCGCUAAGGUUGUCAGGAAGGCAUAUCCACAAGAGAAAGUUGGAGUAUUUGUUCAGCGUGGAAAGGGUGGACCCCUCUCUGUAGUUGAAUACAGUGAAAUGGAUGCAGCUAUGACAACUGAAAUCAAUCAAACUACUGGCCGCCUUCGUUAUUGCUGGAGCAAUGUCUGCUUGCAUAUGUUCACUUUGGAUUUUCUGAACCAAGUGACAAACAGUCUUGAAAAGGAUAGCAUUUACCAUCUAGCGGAGAAGAGAAUUCCUUCAGUCCAUGGGUACACAUCAGGCUUAAAGCUUGAACAAUUUAUAUUUGAUGUGUUCAACUAUUCUCCUUCAACAGCACUUUUUGAGAGCUUGUUCACACCUAAAUUUACAGGUUUUUUGCGUGAGGAGGAAUUUGCUCCAGUGAAGAAUGCUAAUGGUGGCUUCUUGACUCAUUCUGUGCCCUUGUACAUGACAGGAGUUGAAGUUUCUCCGCUUUGCUCUUAUGCUGGAGAGAAUCUGGAAGCCAUAUGCAGAGGAAGAACAUUCCAUGCACCAAGUGAGAUUUCAUUCUAG